CAAGCUCUUUCCUCCUUACAUCCCGGACAGAGCGUUAGCAUACGUCCGGCAACACUAUACACACACCUUUGCUACAUAAGAACGAAGGCGUCCAUUCCUCUGCAGACACCUCAACAACAAUACAAGCUCCAACAUCAAAGCCCGCCAUGUCUUUCCUCCCAAGAUUCCUCUACUCGCAAUUCCUCGUCACCCCUCCCAAGCCUACUCAAGACUGCACAGGCAAGACCAUCAUCGUAACAGGCGCCAACGUCGGUCUAGGCAAAGAAGCAGCGCGCCACUUCGUUCAGCUCAACUGCGCCAAACUCAUCAUCGCCUGCCGCUCCCUCGAAAAAGGCGAAGCAGCCAAACGCGACAUCGAAUCCACCACCGGCCGCAAAAACGUCAUCGAAGUCUGGCAGCUCGAUCUUUCCUCGUACCAAAAUGUCAAAGAUUUCGCCGCGCGUGCUACAAAAGAGCUCCCUCGCAUUGAUAUCCUACUGGAAAAUGCUGGUGUUGCGACGGGAGAAUACCAUCUCAUGGAAGACAACGAAUCGACCAUUACUGUCAAUGUCGUGAGCACAUUCUUGCUCGCGCUACUGAUGUUGCCUAAGCUGCAAGAAACGAGUCAGAAAUUCAACAUCAAACCUACUUUGACGAUUGUCAGUUCUGAGGUCCAUUUCUUUACUUCUUUCAAGGAGAAGUCGAGUCAGAAUAUCUUUGAUACGCUGAACAACAAGGAGACUGCGAACAUGGGUGAUCGAUACAAUGUUAGCAAACUUCUGGAAGUCCUGGCUUGUCGCGAGAUCGCAAGACUGCAUCCUGGAUCUUUGAAGAAUGUUACGCUUAACUUUGUCAAUCCUGGAUGGUGUCAUUCGGAACUCAUGAGGGAGGUUUCGAACCCGCUGGUUAAGUUGUUGAAAUUGAUCAUGUGUCGGACAACGGAGGUUGGGAGCCGGACGUUGGUAGACGCGGGUUUGAAGGGCGAGGAGAGUCAUGGCAAGUACUUGAGUGAUUCCAAGAUUGCGCCUUGCGCUCCGCUUGUAGAGGGUCGUGAGGGGCCAGAGUUGCAAAGACGGGUAUGGGGCGAGUUGAGUGAGAAGUUGGAGAGGAUUCAGCCAGGUGUGACGAAGAAUCUGGAUGCGUAGGAAAAGCACUGCCAGUGUGAGAGAUGAAAACAGCAUGAUGAAAACAGAGGCAUGAACAUCUGGAAGGACUGGCGAACAGGACGAAGAAUAAUAUUGCAUGCAUGAGUGUACCAGCAGGACGAUGGCUUCAAGCAUAGCAGUGAAUAACCUCAUUAUUGACUUACACAAUCAGCAACCAGCGCCCUCUCCACGAAACGAAC